AUGACGCAAAUAAAAUACAUGCUUUUAGUGUCCAGACAGGGGAAGGUGCGGCUGAUGCGGUGGUAUAGCGCCUACGACAGCAAAGGAAAAUCGAAGAUCAGCCGAGAACUGGCUACGAUGGUGCUGGCGCGUAAAGCCAAAAUGUGCAACAUUCUAGAGUACCAGGACCACAAAGUGGUGUACAAGCGCUACGCAAGUCUCUAUUUCAUCUGCGGCAUCAGUUCAGAUUCGGAUAACGAGCUGCUAACGCUAGAAGUCAUCCAUCGGUAUGUCGAAGCCAUGGACAGCUAUUUCAAUAACGUGUGUGAGCUGGACAUCAUAUUCAACUUUACAAAAGCUUACGAAAUCCUCAAUGAGGUGCUGGUUUGCGACGGCUCGAUGACCGAGACCAGCAAGCAAGCGAUCCUGAGGAGUGUGAUGACCAUGGAUUCGCUGGAAACAAGCGACAGUCUCGACCAGGUUCUGAGCUGA